CCUUUCUCGUGGAGACUCGGGAGGGGAGCAAGAGGAAUCGGUCGGAUUAACAGGUUUUUUUUGUGGCUGGCGUUGAUCUCCAGAAAUCAAGCAAACUUCAGGAUAAGUUAAGUUCCCGUAAAUCAAGAUGCCUUUCAGAACAGGAUUAGAAUUAACUGAGAUGCAAAAUAUGAGGGUCCCAGAAGAUGACAACAUCAGCAAUGAUUCCAAUGAUUUCACAGAAGUAGAAAAUGGCCAGAUGAAUAGCAAGUUCAUUGCAGACCGUGAGAGCAGAAGAAGCCUAACCAACAGCCACUUGGAAAAGAAGAAAUGUGACGAAUAUGUAGGUUGCCCUUCAGAGAUUCCAGGCACAACAUCAUUGGGAAUGUCUGUCUUCAAUCUCAGCAAUGCCAUCAUGGGCAGUGGAAUAUUAGGCCUCGCCUUUGCAUUGGCCAACACGGGAAUCCUGCUGUUUACGUUACUUUUGAUUUCAGUGACGCUGCUCUCUAUUUAUUCAAUAAAUCUCCUGUUAACAUGUGCAAAGGAAACAGGCUGCAUGGUUUAUGAAAAACUUGGUGAGCAAGUCUUUGGAACUCCAGGAAAAGUGAUUGUUUUUGGAUCUACAUCCCUACAGAACACUGGAGCAAUGCUGAGCUAUCUCUUCAUAGUUAAAAAUGAACUGCCCUCUGCCAUAAAAUUCCUCAUGGGAGAAGAAGAUACGUUUUCAGCCUGGUAUGUGGAUGGGCGACUUCUUGUUGUAGCCGUGACAUUCUGUAUAAUCCUUCCCUUAUGUCUUCUUAAGAAUUUAGGGUAUCUUGGCUACACUAGUGGAUUUUCCUUGACUUGCAUGGUAUUUUUUCUCAUAGUGGUUGUCUACAAGAAAUUUCAACUUUCCUGCUCUCUGCAGGAGACAAAUACAACAGUUUCUGCCAUUUCAAACUCUAGCGAUACGUGUCAUGCGAAGUACGUUACCUUUAAUUCCAAGACUGUGUAUGCUUUACCCACCAUUGCAUUUGCAUUUGUGUGCCAUCCCUCGGUCCUGCCAAUCUACAGUGAACUGAAAGAUCGUUCCCAGAAAAGAAUGCAGAUGGUUUCAAGGAUCUCCUUCUUUACCAUGUUCGUCAUGUACUUCUUGACCGCUAUUUUUGGCUAUUUGACAUUCUAUGGAGCUGUGGAGUCAAAUCUGCUUCACAAGUACCAGAGUAAAGAUGACAUCCUUGUCUUAACAGUCCGCGUUGCCGUCAUUGUUGCAGUCAUACUUACGGUCCCGGUGUUGUUUUUCACUGUGCGCUCUUCUAUAUUUGAGCUCGCUAGAAAAACCAAAUUCCACUUAUGCCGUCACAUUGUGGUUACUUUGAUCCUUUUGGUGAUCAUUAACCUGUUAGUCAUUUUCAUACCUUCCAUGAAGGAUAUUUUUGGAGUUGUAGGGGUAACGUCUGCCAACAUGCUGAUUUUUAUCCUUCCAUCAUCGCUGUAUUUAAAAAUCACCCAUCAAGAUGGAUCAAAACUGAUGCAAAGGAUUUGGGCAUCACUCUUUCUGGCAUUAGGAUUAUUGUUUUCCCUGGUAAGCAUUCCUCUUGUCAUCUAUGACUGGGUGCAUUCUGGAGAUAGCCCCUGAAGGACGUUGAGAUGUUGCGAAGAAUACAUUUCCGUUUUGCUACUCACCAAAAUUACCAUUAGUCCAUUUUGUUAAAAUGUCCCAUUCUUUAUGAGUUUCCUACAUUAAAUCAAAAGAAUGAAAUACUAGUAGGAUGUAUUUUCCUGCGAGACACAGUUGUUUCAUUGUAAUUUUUAAUGCUUUUCCCAUGUUCCCACAAACUACUGGAUCAGUAUUCUUUUUUUUUUAUGAUAGAAUCAGUACAGUUUUACAUGCACAUAGAUUUGGUCAUUGGUAUUCUGUGUGUGGUAAUUGACAGUAAAAUGACAGGACAUACUCUCUAUUUAGGUCAUCUACUUGCAAAAUAUAUCAAUUUAUUUUCAACUACGAUUAGUUAUCCAGCCUCGAUCAAAUGUAGCUGUCACUCAUGGAGAUAAUUUUGCAUCUACCUAAGUGUGCCAGUGUAGCAAUGGAUAGAUAACUUCGUGUUUGGUCACAGAUGGAAUCUGUAGAGUCUUUGGUAUCAGUAAACAAAGCCUGUGCACAAUUUAGCCUUAGGAGUUCACCCCUGUUGGGAAUUGUCUUCGUACAUUCAGUUUUGUUAUAACCCAUGGCAGUUUCAUGUGUAUAUAAGAAAUGACUAUGUUCAAAUAGAUGUUCCCCUAGGGAUGUGAAGGCAUUGACAAGGUAGACUGCUGGCAAUUACAGGAUUGUUGGCAUCAAUUUGGAGCUGCAGAGUUGAUGACUUCUUAAUGAGCACUCGGUCUGGUAAAUUGCUGGAAGGUUAUACUGGAAAAGAGAAGGUUUGCUUAGACUGUGGCAGUUUCAAAGUGGGAUCCCUCUCUGAAUCACAAAUGGUUAUGAAACUAAAUGAGCACAGAGGCAAAAACAGGUCCAUUCAGAAGACAAACAGACUGUCAUUCUGAAGGCUACAUCUGCAUCUAUCACAAAUAGAAACCCUGGCUGCUUUUAUUAAAUAAAACCUCUGUAAAUCAGCGUCAGACCAGUGACUGGAUCUCA